AUGUUUUCCUCCCACGGUUGCAUUUUGCUUUCGUGUGCGUCUGUUGCCGUGGAUCGUUUGAAGAUCUGUUCCCAGGGGGUUGAUUCGACAGGACUAUCCACGCGUGCACUCGCUCGAGAUCAAGAAGCAAGCUUGAAGAAAAAAAAGAUGGACAAAGCGGACUUAGUGCACCGAGCUGAACUCCAUAUUCGUCUCCCUAUUUGCGAAGAGUCCCUGAUUCCGGAGGAACUCACGCGCACCUUUGCACCGGGUACUCCCGAAUGGAGGGACGUGGACAGAGGACGGACGAGUUUGUUCGCGCAUAGUCAGCAGGUGCAGUCGAUGCCGCCAGUCUUUGGCACCAGUAGCAGCUGGUGCUGCCACUACUAG